ACAAACAGUAACUCUAACCGAAGCAAAGGCUUUUUAGUUACGAUGGCGGCGUCACGAAUCAUAGCCCAUCCUCCACCUCAUAUCCACCGUCAAUCUCCGCCGUCAGACGCCGUUAAUUCGCUAGCUUCCUUCAACCUCAAAUUUCACCCAAAACGGUACCGUAACCUCGGCAUUCGCGCUUCCCUUCGGGGCCACAAGGAGAACGAUCUCGACGACAAAGCUCGCUCUGUCGAAUUGCGAACCAGCCCCGACGACGCCGUUUCGAAAGAUCCGUUCGUUCUUCCGCGGCCUUUGUCAUCGACUCAUUUCUCUGGUUCAGUUUCCGAUGGUUCUCGCCUUCGUGUUGCAUAUCAGGGGGUUCGUGGUGCUUACAGUGAGUCAGCUGCACAAAAGGCAUAUCCAAAUUGUGAAGCUGUGCCUUGUGAACAAUUUGACGCUGCUUUUGAAUCUGUUGAAAGGUGGAUUGUGGACAGGGCAGUUUUGCCAAUUGAGAAUUCUUUAGGAGGAAGCAUCCACAGAAAUUAUGACCUUUUACUCCGGCACAGGUUGCAUAUAGUAGGAGAAGUUAAAUAUGCGGUCCAUCAUUGUUUGAUGGCCAACCAUGGUGUUAAACUUGAGGAUUUGAAGCGGGUUCUUAGUCAUCAACAGGCUCUUGCACAAUGUGAGAACACGCUGACAAAGUUAGGAUUGGUCAGAGAAGCAGUUGAUGAUACAGCUGGUGCCGCAAAGCAUGUUGCCUUCCACAAACUACAAGAUGCAGGAGCAGUUGCUAGUUCUACUGCUGCAAUUAUCUAUGGCUUGAAUAUACUUGCUCGAGACAUUCAGGAUGAUAGCGAUAAUGUCACCCGAUUUUUAAUGUUAGCGCGGGAACCUAUAAUUCCAGGCACAGAUAGGCCAUUUAAGACAAGCAUAGUUUUUUCUUUAGAAGAGGGUCCUGGGAUCCUUUUCAAGGCCCUUGCAGUUUUUGCUUUGCGUCAAAUUAACCUUAACAAGAUUGAAAGUCGUCCUUUGAGGAAGCAACCUCUACGAGCAUCUGAUGAUAACAACAAUGGGUAUUCCAAGUGCUUUGAUUAUCUUUUCUAUGUUGAUUUUGAAGCCUCAAUGGCUGAUCAGAAUGCACAAAAUGCCCUAAGGCAUCUAAAGGAGUUUGCUACAUUCUUGCGAGUGCUAGGAAGUUAUCCUGUGGACACUAGCAUGGCGUAAAUAAUCUCCAAAAGAGGACUCGCGGAUAUAGUUACUGUUGUGUGCGGCAUAGUUCUUCCAGCUGUCAAAUCAUAUUAAUGGAUAUACAGAGUUUACAUUACUUCAAUAUAGAGAUAACAGAAAACCGUAUCCGAUGUACAAGCUCCUUAAAAUUUUGAUGGGUCUCCCCUGCCCUUAAUGUCUGUUCUCGCAGCUAGUAUUUAACACUUUGAAUCCACAUGUCCGUUCAAAUAUUUUUUUCUGGUUGUUGUCCUCUCUACCAAUUCUCUCUCAGAUGUUUGAUGUCCAUACCGAAGUGAAUGAUCCUUCUAUGAGGACUCAGUAUUCAGAUUGUAUCUUUAAAACAAAACGAAACACAAUCGUACCUUAAAAAGAGCCUGCAUACCCAUU